GAACGUCAGCUCGGCGGGAGAGGAGGCCCGCAGGAGGAUGAGGGAGUGCGACGGCCUGACGGAUGCACUGCUCUACGUCAUCCAGUCUGCUCUGGGGAGCAGUGAAAUUGAUAGUAAGACCGUUGAAAACUGUGUGUGCAUUUUGAGGAACCUCUCAUACAGGCUAGCUGCAGAAACAUCUCAGGGACAGCAGAUGGGAACAGAUGAACUUGAUGGAUUACUGUGUGGUGAUACCAAUGGAAAAGAUGCUGAGAGUUCAGGAUGCUGGGGGAAGAAAAAGAAGAAAAAGAAAUCCCAAGAUCAGUGGGAUGGAGUCGGACCUCUCCCGGACUGUGCAGAACCACCCAAAGGAAUCCAGAUGCUGUGGCACCCUUCAAUAGUCAAACCCUACCUCACACUUCUCUCUGAGUGCUCAAAUCCCGACACGCUGGAGGGGGCAGCAGGGGCACUGCAGAACUUGGCUGCAGGGAGCUGGAAGUGGUCGGUGUAUAUCCGUGCUGCCGUGCGCAAGGAGAAAGGACUGCCCAUCCUGGUGGAGCUGCUCCGGAUAGACAACGACCGGGUGGUAUGUGCGGUUGCUACAGCUUUACGAAACAUGGCCUUAGAUGUCAGAAAUAAAGAGUUAAUAGGCAAGUAUGCGAUGAGGGAUCUGGUCCACCGACUGCCAGGCACAAACAACAGCAACAGCUCGGCAAGCAAGGCCAUGUCUGAUGACACCGUUACUGCCAUUUGCUGCACUCUGCAUGAAGUCAUCACUAAAAACAUGGAGAAUGCGAAGGCCUUACGAGACGCAGGCGGCAUUGAGAAACUGGUUGGCAUAUCUAAGAGUAAAGGAGACAAGCAUUCGCCAAAAGUGGUGAAAGCAGCAUCUCAGGUCCUCAAUAGUAUGUGGCAGUACAGAGACCUGAGAAGUCUCUACAAGAAGUGGGCGGCCCCAAGCUUCAGUGUGGAGGACAGAGGAUUUUCACCUACCCAUGAGUCUGGGUCAUGGCACUCUCAGCACAUUCCCUCCCAGAGCCACGAAACCAGAAUCUAUUCCCAAACUCAGGAUGGAUGGUCACAGUAUCACUUCGUAGCCUCAUCGUCCACGAUAGAACGGGAUCGGCAAAGGCCGUACUCGUCCUCCCGCACGCCCUCCAUCUCGCCGGUGCGCAUGUCUCCCAACAACCGCUCAGCAAGUGCCCCUGCCUCACCUCGGGAAAUGAUCAGCCUAAAAGAAAGAAAAACAGACUAUGAAUCAACUGGAACAAACGCGACUUACCAUGGAACUAAGGGAGAACACACUUCUAGGAAAGACACCAUGACAGCUCAAAACACUGGAAUCUCAACUUUGUACAGGAAUUCAUACGGUGCACCUGCCGAAGACAUCAAACAUAACCAGGUUUCAACACAGCCAGUUCCACAGGAGCCCAGCAGAAAAGAUUAUGAACCCUAUCAGCCGUUUCAGAAUUCAACCAGAAGCUACGACGAGUCCUUCUUUGAGGACCAAGUCCAUCACCGUCCACCUGCAAGCGAAUACAACAUGCACCUGGGACUAAAGUCAACUGGCAACUACGUCGACUUCUAUUCAGCUGCUCGUCCCUAUAGUGAACUUAACUAUGAAACAAGCCACUAUCCAGCCUCUCCCGACUCAUGGGUGUGAGACUUGGGCAGACACAAAAGCUCCAGGAACUGUGCAUGUGCAUGCAUACCACAAGACAUUCUUUUUUCCUGCAAAUUUAGUUUGUUAAAGCCUGUUCCGUAGGAAGGCCCAGAUAACCAGUAUGGAAAAAUUAAGAUUUUUUUAGAAGGCUAAAAGAAAUGAAAGCUAAACAAGGGAGUAAUUAGAAAGAUAUAUAUAUAUUAUAUAUAUUACAGUGUGGGGCAACUUUAUUGUUGGCCUGUAGAGUCUAAAGUUCAGUGCCGUAUCUUGAAUGUGGCUGAAGGAAGGAGGGGGAACAUGACAGGGAAUGUGGGUCAAGAGUUAAGCACAAGUAACUGAGCAGCGUAUGUACUUUAUGGGGAACAGCUUCUCACACUUUGUUUAAUAUCCUCAUUCAUUGUGAAUCUAGGCUUCAAGUUGCAUUUGGGGUUUCCUCUGUACAGCAAGAUGUUUCUUGCCUUUUGUUAAUGCAUUGUUGUAAAGUAUUUGAUGUACAUUACAGAUAAAAAAACAAAGAAGUGCAUUGUGUAUAUUACACCAAUGCCACAGUGUUUCUUCAUCUAUGGUUCUAAAUAUUGCUUCAAUUUCAAAUUUUGAAAGAUGUAUGAAUUUCCAGUUUUUUUCUUUUCCCCGGUGCGUUUUAACAAAAAAAAUCAAAAACAAAAAGGAAUAUUUAGCAGUAUUGUUCGUUCUGAUAUGUGAAUUUGUUUGUGGCAACUAAAAAAAAAAGGCAUUCAGCAGUUUCUGACAAUUAACAUUCAUCAUUCCACACUCCUUGUCAACAAAGUGCUUUUUCACUGCCUAAAAUUUUAGAUGUAGAUAUUUGAAAUAGAUUUUUUUCAUUUAUACCAGUUUUCUUUAUGAUGAUACAGUGUUAAAGGAAAAUAAAUUACAAUUGAUCUGUCAUCCAUAUUUGCUAAGAAUGUCUAUUUCCAAGAAUCUCUCAUACAAAUACACAUUCUUACUUGUGUGUGU